UUCCUGAGGGCCAGGAUGUCUUCCCCAGCGCUGAAGGCAGGCGCUUCAGGAGAGGUGACUGACUUCAACAACGGCACCUACCUUAUCCGCUACACUCUGUUCUGGGAGGGCCAGGUGUCUCUGUCCCUGCUGCUCAUCCACCCCAGUGAGGGGGUGUCAGCCCUCUGGCGGGCAAGGAACCAAGGCUACGACAGGGUGAUCUUCACUGGCAAGUUUGUUAAUGGUACCUCCCAGGUUGUCUCUGAAUGUGGCCUGACCCGAAACACAAGUGCAGAACUGUGCCAGUACCUGGACACUCGAAACGGAGAAGCCUUCUUCUGUGUGAAACCUCAACACAUGCCCUGUAGGGCCCUGACCUACAUGACCACCAGGAAUCGAGAAAUUUCUUAUCUUACUGUCGAGGAAAAAAGUCUUUUCCACAGGUCCAAUGUGGGAGUUGAAAUGAUGAAAGAUCUUAAACACGUUGCUGUUUCCCAAUGUAACAGUAAGUUGAGUGAAAAGAUAAAAGAUAAAUGCCAAAUUGGAAUGAAGAUUCCUGUUCCUAGUGGUUAUACUUUAGAAAGACGGUGGAUUACAACAUUUUGCAACCAGAUUCAGUUAAAUACAAAGGAGAUAAAUGGCUGUUUGAAAGGAAAACUCAUUUACCUUCUGGGAGACUCUACACUGCGGCAGUGGAUCCACUACCUACCCAAAGUUGUAAAAACAUUAAAAUUUUUUGAUCUUCAUGGAACUGGAGUGUUUAAGAAACAUUUGCUUCUGGAUGCAGAAAACAACCUUCUGAUUCAGUGGAAGAAACAUAGCUUUCCUUUUGUGACUCUUCAGCUCUACUCUGUGAUAGAUGAGGGUUAUAUCCCUAUGGAAAUUGACCGGAUACCAGGGGACAAAAACACAGUCAUUGUCAUCACCAUCGGCCAGCACUUCAGACCCUUCCCGAUUGACAUCUUCAUCCGUAGGGCCAUCAGUGUCCAAAAGGCUAUUGAACGACUUUUCCUAAGAAGCCCAGCCACUAAAGUGAUCCUUAAGACAGAAAACACCAGGGACAUGCAUGCAAACACAGAGACGCUUGGAGACUUCCAUGGCUACAUUCAGUAUCUUACCAUGAAUGGCAUUUUCAAAGAUUUGAAUGUGGGUGUCAUUGAUGCCUGGGACAUGACCAUUGCAUAUGAUUCCAAUAACGUCCACCCACCUGAUGACGUGAUUAAAAAUCAGAUUACCAUGUUCUUAAACUAUAUCUGCUAA